AUGACGUAUGAUAAUUUGAUCUUACUAUGUUUUAUUUCGUUUCUAAUAUUAAUCAAUGCACAACAACAUGAUGAUGAAAAAGAUUUACCACAAGAUCUGUAUCAAUCAAUUCGAAGUUCAAAAUCAUCAUUUGAUGCACAAUUUCAACGUGGUCAAUGUCCGGAUCAUUUCUUUCAAAUAGGUAAUGAAUGUUUAUAUUUUGCUACAGAUGGAAAAAAAUAUUCAUGGUAUCAAGCACAACGUGUAUGCAUACGACAAAUAACACGUUCAUUAGAACGACAAACAUCAUUUGUACUUGGUAAAACAUUUAUACAACCGACAAAAGGUGUACGACAAUUAAUAUUAAAUACACCUGAAAAAACUAAAAUUUUACAAGCACUCUUUCGAGAAUAUGAUGAACUUAAUUAUGCUAUUCAACUUCCAACGGAUUAUAAUACAUUACAACGAUGUCAUGAUGAUAAAGAAGAUUAUUGGCCAAAUUAUUGUGUUAAACCAGAAAGUCCUAAUGCAACAUGUUUCGAAACAAGUGAACUUGGUUCAAAUCAUAUUUGUUUACGUCAAAUUAAUUGUAAUAAACGUUAUUCUAGACUUGCUUGUGAAUUUACAUUACCAGGAAAUCCUGAAUUGACAGCAUCAAAAUUUCGUCAUUGUCCGAAAGCUCGUGGUCUUCAUCAACGUUUAUCAGUAUGGGCAUGGGUUUUAGUAGCUGUUGGUGCUAUGCUUUUACUUCUUCUUAUUCUUGGAGGUAUCUUAGCAUUUAUUCGUAAUUCGAAAACAGAAUCAACGGAUAUCAAACAAUCAAUACCAGAACGUCGUUCUACCGGAGGGCAAAUUAUUGAUGAUGUGUCAAGACCUCGUAAUGAUUCAUUUAUUGAGCCGAUGCUCGUUCGAGCUGCUCCAUCAAAUGUAUCUGAUACUGAUUAUCUACAGUUACAAUCAUUAAAACGUGUAGUUCCCCCGACAAUACCAACAACAAAAUGA